UCGACACAUUUUCCGUCGAAGUCAACAUCAGGGGCGGUAUUCAUAAAACUUCUUAAGAUAAGAUGUUGACUUAAGUGUGGCAUUUUUUCCUAAGUUUACCAUUAAUUUCCUAAGUGCUAUUCAUAAAAUGUAUUUAAGUAAAUCGUAAAAAAAUUAAAUAAUAGUAUUAAUUAAUUGAAGUGUUUUAACGUGUAUUUUGUACUACUUAGAUGGUUGUUAGGAGUGGUUAGAAACAAUCGCAUUUUGAAACUUGAACAUUUUGUGAAGUAUACCGUGUUUUGAGAGGACGUUAUUUGGUCGCAAACUAAUCGGACUGUUCCACAGACAUAAGUAUAAAUAGCGGCGAAGUAUGGCCAAUGAAGCCAAAGAUACAGACGAUUGGGAGAAAUAUGGAGCCAGACCGAAGAAAAGAUUUUCACAAGAAUUUCAGCGGAAUGAAUCAAAUCACCCAGAAACAUCAUCUAUUGAUCAUUCAGCAAACUCAGGGGACAAAUAUAUGUUGUAUGAUAAUGAUGAGCUAACGUGUGAUUUUCCAGACAAAACGGAAUUAAGUCUGGAAGAUUCUGAGAAAUCUGCCAUUGACGGAUACCAAUCGCAUGUGUCGUAUAUGGACAAUGCUGAUAGUGCAGUAACAAAUUUGUUCCAUAACAUCUCUGAAGAUCAAGCAAACGUGUAUGUUAGAAAUAAAAAUAAAAAUGAGAAAUAUUUAAAUGUGACAACACUACACUACUCACAGGUACAUAUAGAAAAACACAUCAGAGACAUUUAUGAUAAGCAAGACCAGGAAUUAAACGUCGUCGCACGAUGGGUAACUGACUUAAACCAAGAUAACGAAGAAAAGAUGAAGCGGAUGGAACAAACUACCCACAAAUGUUUGCAAGUACUCGAAGAUUCCUUUGAAAAUAACACUGAUGCUUUCAAACAGGAACUGCGUGUACAUUUCCAGAAAAGUGUAGGACAUUGUCAAGAACAGCUCAAAGAAACAUCCCAACGAUUGAUGCAGCAAAUGCGUCAUGAGAUUCACAGACAAACAGAUGAUACAGAAUUUCUGCGUACAUUUUGUGUGUUUAAAGCUGACGUGGUUGAACUGAGCAUCGAACGCUACAAUAGCCUGCCAUUUUCGCCUAUCGGAAAAGAAAAGACGGUGCAUUUUUUUGAACUUUAUGUAAUUCCUAGUUUAUUUCGAAAGAUAUCACUUUCCAACAGAAAUGCCCAGGAAAAGAGAAAGGAAAGUGAGAAAUUGAAGACUUUGCAAGAGAUUUUCGAAAUGAGUUCCACGAAAACAAAAAAAGUAUUUAUCAGUGGAAAAUCGGGAUAUGGCAAAUCUUCCUUCUGUCAAUUUCUCCUUUUGUCUUGGUGUUUGGAACAGCCUCAUACAGGGGUUGAUGAAAUGGAUAGCCCACUUCUUGAAUUGAAACGUGCGGCCGAAACCCGACAGGACUUAACCCAAUUUUCCGUCGCGUCAUAUCUGAAAGAUCGCUUCGAAGUAGUGUUUCUUGUAAAUAUCAGAAGUUUGCAAAGGCCUGUUUGUUAUAUAGAAGAAAUGAUAACGAUUCAGGUUACUGAAAGACUAAGCGGAGUAUAUUCAAAGGAGUUUUUUGAAAAGGUAAUGCGAGAUCAUACAACGUUAGUAAUUGUCGAUGGUCUUGAUGAAUGGUCCCACGAUCCAUCUUGCAAAGAAGACCAUGCGUUACCACAAACGCGAAAAAUUCGAAGAAACUGCACGGUAUUGUUUACUUCAAAGCCCUGGAAACUGAGAGAGUUGAACGUUUACGAGAAUGAAGCUAAUAUAAUUGAUUUGGAAGGUCUUUGUGUUGCAGCAAAUGAAAGUCUCGUUAGUAAUUUCACAACGUGCCUGAACUAUAGAUACAGAAGAAAUAAAAAUUAUAAAAAGUGUUUAACUUUUUUGGAAGGUUCAGCACAAAAACUGUUCCAGCAUUUCAGAGGCCAAAGAGUGUUUUCUGUUCCAAUCAUUCUUUCAUAUCUGAUUUGCAUCUGGCAUGACAAUGAUGAGAAUACGGAUUUGUUAAGUAUUUUAAAGUCCAGAAGUGAGGUGUAUUGCAAAAUCAUAAAACUAAUGAUUGUGCGUUCACAAUGCACAGAUUGCAACCUUUCACCGGAUUUUGAGACCUGUUUACCAGAAUGUUUUCGUAAAGCCAAUUGUUGGUUCUGCAAUGAUUGUCAGAAGAUAAUUGUCGCGCUUGGAGAACUAUCCUUUAACUCUUAUGCUAUUGAAAAACAGAAGUUAUUAAUCAAUACCCAAACCGUACACAGAUACCUUUCACACAAACAAAAAGAAAUUGUUCUGAAAAUAGGGUUUUUGACUGGGACAUCAGAACCACUAAAGGCCGUGGAAAACGACGAACUGUUCUGUUUCGAACACGAUUCAUUGAAGGAAAUGUUCUGUGCGGUCUUUUUAUCUUCCGUCAGCGAAAAGAUAUGGCAAGAAUGCUUACACACAAUUGAAGAUUCUAUUGAUAGAAACGAUAUGGCAUUUACUCUUUCAGAUGCGUUCGUGUUUUUGUGCACAAUGCAUUUUGAAAGAGCUUGUGAACUAUCCAUAUUGAUAUCCACAUGUAAGGUAUGGGACCUUCCGGAUGAAGCUACGGUUGAAAAUGUUUUCAAAAAAAGAGCCAUGGUCGCAUCGAUUCAGGAAAUCGUUCUCAAAGGAUACGAGGAGGCAUUUGGUGGAAACGAAGAUCAAUUCAAGAUCCAAUUUCGGCACGUGAGCAUACGAUCGAUAGGUGGAGUGAAACUUGAACAUCCGUUAAUAAGAGAAAACAUGGGAAAAUUUAUAUCGAUUUACAACGCGAUGAAUUGUGAUACAGAUAUCAACGAUGUUCUCCGGCGGAAUGAUUCGUCCCUGAAACAUCUGCUUUUUGACAACGCCUGUGUUUUAAAAGCGAAAUCGUUAGAUAAGUUGCAAAAUCUUACACAUCUGUUCAUUAUUAGGUGUACCGUGUCAGAGAAACUUUGCUUUGCGAGACCAAACUCAGUUCGUGUUCUUUGUUUAAUGGAUGCCCAAUGCAAUGAUGGGGUUGACUUUUCAGGGGGAUUGAAUUUACGCACUGUUAUAGUAGAACUCACUGAUUUAGAAACAGGCAUUGAUCUGUCAAUGGCCAGAAGAUUGCGGAGACUUGAGGUAACAAAGUCCAACUGUAACCGAAUCCACGUGAGACCAGACGUCUUGUCAAGUUGCUCAAUCGUUGGAAAAUUAACCUCCAAAAAGACAGAUUUGCAUAUUCAAUCAGGGUUAAAAAAAAUUGAAGGUAUAAAGCUAACAAAUGUUGCAGUGAAUGGCGAGAUAAACUUUGCGACGUGUGAAAACCUACGCGAAGUAUAUUUUUCCAAUAUUGACUUGCCUCAUCUCCUUCUUGAAAACAAAGAUCACGUUUUGGAUGUUACCCUGGAAAACGUUAAUGUAAUGGGACGCAUUAAACUUACCAAGUGCUUGAACAUGUCUUCGUUAAGUAUUUCAGGGGCAUCUAAUUUAAGAAACAUCAUUGUACAAGAAUGUCCAAAGCUUUUGGAGGUCAGUAUUUACAAGACAAAUAUAAAAGAAUCUUUAGAUUUAUCAGAUUGUCCAGGAAUUAAAAUACUCAAACUGCAUUGUGUCAAGAUCCGUAGUGAACUUGACAUGUCCAGAUGUUCAGUCAUCAAACGUUUGGAUGUAUGUGGGUGUAAAAUUAACCGAAUUCUUUGUGCAACCAAUUUGUUUGAUGUCAAGUCAGUGUGUCUUAGAGAUUCAAAUCAUGAGAUAUAUGCGCCUUUUUUAGAAGCCAUAACAUACUCUGACAUAUCCGACUUGAAGGUAGAAGGAUUGGAUAAGAAAUUAACUAAUCAGCUUAUGAAUGCAAUACUAAAUAUGCCGACUUUAAGAAAGUUGGAGCUAGCAGCUGUAGAACUAGGUCAGCUCUCUGAUGAUGUAAGACAAAAGCUGAAAAAGUUACAGAAAAUUGAGUUUAAUAAUAUGACUUUUAAAAGGGAUACAUAUUUGUGGAUAAUGGAAGAUUUAGCUCGCAAAAUUCCUGGCGAUGAUUUUAUAAUGGACGAUUGCACAGUCAAGGAAGUCCGCAAUAAAAGAACUGAACAGAACAGAACAGAACAUAAUUUUAUUAGACGUACACCAUCACAGUACAUAGUCAAAUAAUAUCAAACACAUUUACAAAUAUGAAUUCAACAAGUCACAUAAUACAGAAUCGAUGUAGGUUGAAUACAAAUAGAAAUCAAAGGUAGCAAUAAAAGAGAAACAUGGAUAUAUUCCAAUCCAAAGUUUGUGCAAAUGAAAACAACACCGAUUACCUGAAGAAACAAAUUGCGAACAAUUCGUAUCGUCACAGAGGUAUUAAUUUUACUGUUCACAUUCAUAUUGAAAUGAAUGAUAGGUUAACAAUGUGGUAAUUUUGAAAAAAGGCUGCCAGCAAAAAACAAAACACCAUCAGUUGCCGAUAUAAGUAAAUUAUAGGAACACAGGCAAAACCACAUUUACCUGGUAUUUAAACUGCAGUAUUGGCCAGUCAAGCUAUCCAAAUCAAGCUGAAAGAUAUACUUGGUUAAGGUAACCGUGACCCUGAAUGUGUGAUAUUUGAUAGAGCUCAUUUACAUGUAACAUUAGCAAAGCAGUCAUAUUUGCGUUAUUGUUCGGAAUCAACUUGAUUGCUAAAUGGCAGUUGUUCACUUAUGAACUAGAUUCAUAUAUGUAUAUAAGAUUUGUAAUCGUGGUCUCAUAAUUGUGAUAUAGGUACAGAUGGUGACUUGUUCUCAAUAUAUGAUUGAUGUAUUUAUUAUCAACGCAUAAACUGUUUGUAUAUAUUUUGAUUAGUUUUACAAUUUAUGCCAUUUCUACAUGUAUUUUUGUACCAGUGAGCAAAAGUGUUGACAGUUUGUUUAACCAAAUCAUGUUUUUAAAACUAUAUUGAAGUAGUAUUGUUAGACCAUGAAACAUGAAAUAAAGUAUGCAAUAUUU